AUGCACACCGUUGAGUUGAAAGACUCGGAUACCGAGUUGGAAGUAUCGAGUCUCGUUAACCUAAUUCCUACUAAGGUUUUGCCUUCUACGUAUUUGGAGAAAGAUUGGUCUAUGAUAGUGUUUGAGCAAGCAAGGAGGUUCCGAAGGGUUAAGGGUAUUGUUGUAAAUUCAUUCAUGGAGUUGGAGUCUAAUAUGAUAAAGUCUUUCUCAAAUGCUAGAACUGAAACCAACAUCCCACCCAUUUCUUCUGUAGGACCCAUUUUGAAUCUUGAGGCUGAUAGCAUUGAUUUAGGGUCAGGUGGGUCCAAAACAAAAGCAGAAAUCAUGGAGUGGCUUGAUGAUCAGCUGCCAUCAUCGAUUGUGUUCCUAUGCUUCGGGAGCACGGGAAGUUUCGAUGAGGAUCAGGUGAAAGAGAUUGCUUGUGCGCUCGAGCAAGAGUGGGCACCGGUUCUUAUGGUCCCUACGUCAACCUCCACCAAGUGA